AUGUUUUCCUUCUCCACCACGGUGCAGCCGCAGGUCACAGUUCCUCUGAGUCACCUCAUCAAUGGCUUCCAUACGCCCAAAAUCCCAACUCCAUCUUUCGCCACGGCAUCUCCCCAGUGUGUGCAAAGGGAAGCAGCGCCUGAACAUGAUCUACAAAGCAGUGAGCCAGUCCUUAAUCUGCGAGACCUAGGACUGUCUGACUUGAAAGCAGGCCAGCUGGAUGAACUAGUGGACAAGCUACUUCCGGGCUAUUGUGUAGAAAACAAAGUCUCUUCCCCGUGGCAUACAUCGCAUAUAUCCGCGCAGUCCUUCUUUGAAAAUAAGCAUGGUUUUGCAGACAUAUAUAGUGUUUUGCGAUCAUCUUACCCGUACAGACAGCAUCCUAGCCCCCUCCAGAGUAUAUGUUCAGAUCUUCAACGCUGGCCAGCUUUCAUUCAGACUCGGGGCUUUAAGACCCUGAAGUCAAGAGCAAGACGUCUGCAGUCCACAUCGGAACGAUUAGCAGAAACCGAAAACGUCGCUCCCUCAUUUGUAAAGGGCCUCCUACUGAGAGACAGAGGCACAGAUGUCGAAAGCUUAGACAAACUGAUGAAAACAAAAAACAUACCUGAAGCCCAUCAAGAUGCCUUUAAAACUGGGUUUGCAGAGGGCUUUUUGAAAGCACAGGCACUCACGCAACGGACAAAUGAUUCCUUAAGGCGAACCCGUCUCUUUCUCCUAGUACUGCUACUGCUUGGUAUUUAUGGUUUGUCAAAAACCCCAUUUUUAUCUGUACGUUUUCGAACAACUUCUGGCCUUGAUGCUGCAGUGGACCCCAUUCAGAUGAAAAAUGUCACCUUUGAACAUGUCAAAGGGGUUGAAGAAGCUAAGCAAGAGUUGCAAGAAGUAGUAGAGUUCUUGAAAAAUCCUCAGAAAUUUACUGUGUUAGGAGGCAAACUUCCUAAAGGUAUCCUUUUGGUGGGACCACCUGGGACCGGGAAAACGCUGCUCGCCAGAGCUGUGGCUGGAGAAGCUGAUGUGCCAUUCUAUUAUGCCUCUGGCUCCGAGUUUGAUGAGAUGUUUGUCGGGGUGGGAGCCAGUCGUAUCAGAAAUCUGUUUAGGGAAGCCAAAGGAAACGCCCCUUGUGUUAUAUUCAUUGAUGAGCUGGAUUCCGUUGGCGGUAAAAGGAUAGAGUCUCCAAUGCAUCCCUACUCAAGGCAGACCAUAAAUCAACUCCUGGCUGAAAUGGACGGCUUUAAGCCCAAUGAAGGAGUCAUUAUUAUUGGUGCGACCAACUUCCCUGAAGCUUUAGAUAACGCUUUAAUACGUCCUGGGCGCUUUGACAUGCAGGUGACGGUGCCGCGGCCAGAUGUCAGAGGCCGGACAGAAAUUCUGAAGUGGUACCUUAACAAAAUAAAGUAUGAUCACUCCAUUGAUCCAGAAAUCAUUGCAAGAGGUACAGUAGGAUUUUCUGGCGCAGAACUAGAAAACCUUGUGAACCAAGCUGCAUUAAAAGCUGCAGUUGAUGGGAAGGAUAUGGUGACCAUGAAGGAGCUGGAAUUCUCAAAGGACAAAAUUCUUAUGGGCCCGGAGCGUAGAAGUGUAGAAAUUGACGAUAAAAAUAAAACCAUUACUGCCUAUCACGAAUCUGGGCAUGCCAUUAUUGCCUAUUAUACUAAAGACGCAAUGCCUAUCAACAAAGCUACAAUUAUGCCGCGAGGACCAACGCUCGGACAUGUGUCUCUGCUCCCAGAAAACGACAGAUGGAGUGAAACUAGAUCCCAGCUGCUUGCGCAGAUGGAUGUUAGUAUGGGAGGAAGAGUGGCAGAAGAACUAAUCUUUGGAGGUGAUCAAGUCACAACAGGUGCUUCUAGCGAUUUUGACAAUGCAACGAAAAUAGCAAAGCUCAUGGUGACUAAGUUUGGAAUGAGUGAGAAGCUUGGUGUUAUGACUUAUACAGAUACCGGAAAACUCAGUCCUGAAACCCAAUCUGCAAUUGAACAGGAGAUAAGACUGCUCUUAAAGGAUUCGUAUGAGCGGGCAAAGAAUAUCUUGAAGAACCACGCGAAAGAGCACAAGAAUUUAGCAGAAGCAUUACUGACCUAUGAGACUUUGGACGCCAAAGAAAUUCAGAUUGUUCUCGAAGGAAAGAAACUUGAAGUGAGAUGAUAAAUCCUUGUUGAGGAUUCUUAAUUGACUGCUCGCGAGAAUGCAGUAGUCUCCUUAUGCUGUGUAGCUUUCUAUUCCUCCUGAUGCGCGUGUGGUGGUUAUCACAUUUCUUAAAGGAAUAAACACUUGUCUUGUGAGCUUUUGUUACAUUUUAUCCAAUUCUUGUCUUUCCUUAGAAUGAGAUGCAAGGAACAGAUAUAGACAUACAAUCUCAGGGUUGAAUCCAGCAUGCUUGGAAACUUCAAACACCGAAUCUGAAUAGUAUGUCCUUAA